AAAAAAAAGUUGGAAGCAAACGAUCCCAUCGCGAACCACUUCCUACGAGGUUUUCCAGCAACACCAAGCGAGCGAGGGCGAUCGAGUCGCGCGCGAGUUACACAGCUUCAAUUGGCGACCCGGAUUUUUAAUUCAACAAGAAAGAAGAACCAACGCGCCAUCAUGUCUUUCCGAGGCGGUUCGCGAGGUCGGGGCGGUAGCGGCUUUGGCGGUCGCGGAGGCGGCCGUGGAGGUUUCCAGCAGCGAGACAUGGGUCCUCCUGCUCAGAUCCUCGAAAUGGGCAAGUUCAUGCACGCGUGCGAAGGCGAAAUGGUCUGCGAGUCCAUCAAUCCCAAGGUGCCUCACUUCAACGCGCAAAUCUUCCUCGAGAACAAGACGGCCGUCGGCAAGGUCGACGAGGUCCUCGGCCCCAUCAACCAGGUCUUCUUCACCAUCAAGCCCACCGAGGGCAUCCAGGCCACCUCGUUCAAGGAGGGCGACAAGUUCUACAUCGGCUCCGAGAAGCUCCUGCCCCUCGACAAGUUCCUCCCCAAGCCCAAGCCCCCGCCCGGUGCUCCCAAGGUCAAGCGCGCCGGCGGUGGUCGCGGCGGUCCCCGUGGUGGCGGACGUGGUGGUUUCGGUGCUCGCGGAGGUGGUCGUGGUGGCUUUGGCGGUGGCCGUGGUGGCCCUCGGGGUGGUUCUCGAGGUGGCUUCGGUGGCCGAGGAGGUGGUCGCGGUGGCAGCGGCGGUUUCUCCCGGGGUGGCAGCGGCUUCGGCGGUGGUCGAGGACGUGGUGGUUUCAGCCGAGGCGGCCGAUAA